ACAAUUAUACCAUAGAAUUAAUAAUGAAAUUGGGUUAAACACACUUCAUUGGUAGCUUUAUUUUUUUCUUUGCUUAAUAAUAAGAUUUAUUAUGCUUUUAGUAGAUUCAUGCCCUAUUUUAGCUUGAUAUUGGUCUCUUCCUCAACUUUCUUUGCAUAUUUUUUGCAGGUUCAGAGAGAAAGAGUGAAGGCCGAAAGGAAAAAGAAGAAGGAGAAAAGGAGAAGAAAGAAAGAGAAGAAGAAAGAAAGUGAGCAAGGAGGGAUUUGGAGGAAAAAACAAGGUCAUCAUAAAAGGGAUAAGCGUUUGAGGAGCAAUGAAGGUAAAGAAAGAAGUGAAAAUCAAGGUAAAAGUGAAAAUGAAACCGAGGAGAUGGAGACAAGCAGCCUCACGGAAGAAUUUGAGCAGCCUAUACCGGAAAGCCUCUACGAAUCUUCAGACAACAGUCAAAGCAUCCGAAGGAAGAGGAACAGCUUAUCCUGCAAUGAAUGCCAUAAUCAUGGAAGCCUUGUUCAGAUUGAUUUCCAGCUGGAAAAGCAUAAGACUCCUGAAGCCCUACCCUGCAAACCAGACUGCUCUACCAGGAUGAUGGAUUCUGUAGUUCAGAAGAAGCUUGAAUUACAUGUUGAAGAGCAAUUUUAUUCAGCUUCUAUUAUGCCAGCUACUGAUGUCCAAGAAUUUGUUCCACCAGCUUUAAAAGAUCUCUGUCAUUCCUCUCAGAGAGCUAGGCUCAAUAUGGACGAGAAAUCUGAAAUGACUCAGACAUCAUCACAAUUCAAAGAGUUAGUUGUGAACUGGAUUCCCCCUUCUUUGCAGAUUGAGCACUUUGAUGUUGGCGAUCAAGAGUGGCUCUUUGAGAGGAAUCCACCCAGAAGCCACAUUUUGAAGACAUCUAAAUCUAAUGUUAGCAAAGAUGUCUUGCAUCAUGGAAACUCUAUGUCAUGUCACUAUGAUUUGUUUUUGCUCCACUAUUCCACAAUGGAUCCUACACCUGUCAAAGAGCAAAUUUCAUCUGCGUCUAGUGUGCCUGAUACUGACGCCCAAGAAUUAGCUACACAACCUCUAAAAGUUCUCUGCCAUUCUUCUUCUCAGGGAGCUGGGAUUGAUACUGGUGACAAGGUUGAAAUAGCUCCGACAUCCAGCUGCUCUGAAAUUGGCUUGCUGCAGAUAGAAUCUCAAUUCAGAGAGUUAGUGGUGAACUGGCUUCUUCCUUCCUUGCAGUUUGAGCCCUUUGAAAUUGGAGACCAAGAGUGGCUCUUCAAGACAAAGCAACCCAGGAGCGACACAACAGACACGUCUACUGCUAGUUAUGAUGCUUUACAUCAAGGAAACUUCACUCGGUACCCACAUGCUCAAUACUUGCCUCAGGCUAACAUGUAUGCCUUGCCAUAUACAAUACUAUACUAAAACUGUUAGAA